AUGCGUGAUGCUGCCCUUGAAUUUUUGGCUAUAGAUUUGCAAAUUGCUAGAGAUCCCUUAAAUUUGGAUGAUUUUAAGCUUACAAGACUUGGUCUUUGCAGCAAGGAUGAACAAUUAACCUCAUUUGUCGAAUUUAAUGUCCAAAAAAGUCAUAUCAACAGCCUAGUACUAAUUCGAAGGCUUUUGUGUAUUAGUGAAUCGUGCAUUAUUGAAAGAGAUCCUUUAAGUUAUGCUGUUAUAUGUGCAAGGAAUUUAAAUACAUUAUCUUACAUUAUUCGUGAUUUGAAAGAUCCACAAAAAUUUCAUUUAAUUUAUUCAAAUGGGGAUGAACGUUUAUAUUCUUCAAAUGAUCGCGAUUCUUUGUUAGCGGCAUUAAUAGAUGGAGCUAGAAGUUGUGGAAAUUAUCAAAUCCAUGUAAUAUCUCCACAAAAAUAUAAAACAAUGAGAUUAGUUCCUUUUGGAUUUUGUUUGGAUGAAGAGGCUGAACAACACUUGCUUAAACUUAUUUUACAAAUUCCGCCUGGACUUAAACGCAUCGAUAUGAUUCGUCGAUUUAAUGCAAAUGUCCCAUAUAAUGGAUUGAGUUAUUCUGCUCCUUCAGAAGGUUUCUUCUCCGAUAGCAAGGGCAAAACAAUUAUUUCUUGUUUGGAAGCUGUUAUAUUAGAACAAUAUGAAGUUAGUAAAAUUGAUCAACACGAAAUUAGUAUACAAAUAGAAGCACAGUUAGCUUGUCUUCACAGACUUUUUGCAGCAAAAGCAGGAUUUCAAGCUUUUACAACAGUUGAAGGGUUUGUUGGGAAUAUUUAUUUUCAAUUUGUAAAGUUGGGAAUUUUUGUCUCUGUCCUAGGUUAUGAGUUCAAUUUACUUUUCAAGUCUGACCCGAUAGAUCUUGUUUUUCCGGUGCCGGUUUCUAAAUCCCCAGACCGGAUUAAUCCAGAAAAAUUGAUUCAGCCAGUUACUACUUUUACGAGUUCAAUUAAGACACAGACUUUUUUGCAGCAAAACACAGACUUUUUGCUUUUAAGACCUACUGUUAAGACCUACUGUUCAAUACGUGAACGUCUUGGAACUCUUGUAGUUUCAGUUCUAAAACGAAAAGAAGAACAUGUAGAUUAUGCUUGUGUUGAAAUGCUUUGUACACUUUUACAGCCUAGACAUGCAAAUUAUGAGCUUAGAAUUGAACAAUUAAAUAAACAGGCACUUUUAUCCAAUAAAUUGUUUUUGGAACAUUUACUUCAAUUGAUUGUUAAUAAUGUCACAAAAAAGACAGGUGCUCUUGUAAUUGCUUCAUUACUCGAUUUCCUUGCAUUCACAGUGUGUGCUCCUUAUAGCGAAACAACGCCUGGUGAUGUUUUUGAUACAAUUCUUGAAAUGGUUGCACAACGUGGAAGAAUUUUCUAUAAACUUUUUCAUCACCCUUCGUUAACUAUUGUUAAAGGUGCAGGGAUGGUUAUGAGAGCGAUUAUUGAAGAAUCUUCAAGAGAGAUAAGUAGACAAAUGCAAAUGUUAGCAUUAACAGAAGGCGCAUUUUUAAAACAUUUGGAGAUGGCACUUUUAACGACCUCUGGAACAAAAGAUUUUCGUAUACUUGCCAACAAACAAUUGAGUGGGUAUCUUAUAGCUUUAUGGAUUGCCGAAAACCAAUCUGCCAAAGAUUUAUUAAAUCGUUGCUUGGUUAGAUUUUUUUUGAAGUUUUUUUUAAAUAAAUUUUAG